ACGCCGGCCGGCUCCGUCCGGAGCAGCCGCAGGAGGACACCGCCCAGUACUUGGUCGUGGCGGCCAACGCCAUCUGCCGGGCGCAGCAGGCCGAGGCGCAGUGCCUCUGGCAGCUGGCCUUCAAUCAGUACCAAGAGGGCAUCGGCACACUCAUCAACGGCGUCCAGGGCGACCCCAGCCAGGAGCGGCGGGCGGCGGUGCGGCGCAAGACGGCCAUGUACAUCAGCCGGGCCGAGCAACUCUGUCAGCUGCUGGACGGCCAGGAGACGGCCGAUACCCCGCAGCGGAGCCGGCGGCUCAGUCGCCUCUGUGUUGAAGGUGGCCGCCGGCUCGCCGCCUACAAGAUCGUCGGACUGACUGGCGGACGGCUCAAGGUCGCCGACGCCGACACCGGCCGGCCCUUCGUCGUUAAGGUGGUGGAGAAGAGCGUCGGCCCAUCGGCGUCGGCUCCGGGAGCUGCCGCCGCCGUCCUGCCGGAGGGCGUGCCUCACAUGGCGCCGCUGCACCAGCUGGUGGAGACGGAACACGCCUACUUCUUGGUGCUCCACUACAUGGGCAGUCCGCUGUGGGACACGCUCGCCGGCGACCCGGAGCCGCAGCGCCAGCAGCCGCCUGGCCCGGACGCUGCCUCUGCCUCCUCUGCGUCUGACACCGCCUCUCCCUCGUCUGCCUGCCUCUUGUAG